AUGCUGGUGAUUGUGAGCGAUCAAGGUGUUGUGAUUGUCACCAAAUCAUAUCAUGGCUUUGCAGAUUCACCAAUUACCAAGCGGAGAGGCAAGCUGUCAGAUGAUGAGAAUCCAUUCAUUACCAAUAUAUCGACACCUCCACCAGCCUCACAUAGCUCGUCCAUUCCAUACCCAUUCGGCGAUGAUUACUUUGGAUUCCCCUCGCCCUUCAAAGUGGUGUCCACGCCAGUCAAGUCGGCCCACAACAACAACGUGGACAUCUACAACGCCAUGUCAUUCAUGAGUCCGCCCCACCCCGUCUCCCUGCACUCUGCAUCCACACCAAGUCACAGCAUCAACAACAAUGUACAUAAUAGUAGUAAUAAUAAUAAUAGUAGUAUGAAUGGAUCCUCAUCCAUUCCAAUGCCAAUGCCAUACCAGCACAUGGAGGAUGCAGUCACGGCAUCAACAGCGUCACAUCCACAGCCAAUCACACAUAUGGAGCUUGUUCCACCAUCAGUACCAAUGUUCCAACAACAACAACAACAACUACAACAACACCAACAAUAUGUUGACAUGUCUGGUAUCCAACAUCAUCAUCAUCAUCAGCAACACGAACAUGUUGGAUUAUUGGAUAUCAAAAAUAUGGCGUCGCCAGGAGAUGGCAGCGGUGUUGGCAACGACAAUAUCAUUCAUGUAUUGGACAACCCUAUUGACAUUGGCAAGCUCAUACCCGAGGUCUCCACACCAUCUCGUUCGCCACCGAUUGGCUACGAUGUUGAUAUCAGCAGACCACGGCCACAAUCACAGCCAUCACUCUACCGACUACUUCGAAUGUGGAUCAAUGAUGUGGCGCCAUCACCAGAAUCACUAUUAUUAAAUAUGCAAGAAGAAAACAACUCGUUCACUCUUCCACCACCUCUACCCGACUCGCCAGAUGUAGAGGAAGAGACAUCUCAGCCGAUCCAACCACGACCAUGUACUGCACCAUCCGAGUUUGAUGCAUUGAUCAGACAACAACAACAACAACAGCAGUUGCACUUUGGCGGCUAUACCAACAACAUCAACAACAACAAUAAUAACAAUAACAAUAACAAUAACAACUUCAUUGACAACAACAAUGACGUCCAGCAGCCAUCCAGUGAGUCACUGCUGGCGGAGCACAUGUCCAAUUUUAAAGCUGUAAAGAAGAGCUUCCAAAAUAACUACAAGAAGCGAAGGUCUAGAUACAAGAAUAGUAUAACAAUCCUUAACUCAAUGCUGAACCUACGGUAG